UAUAACAUUAAAACUUAUACCUUAAUUCAGAGUAAAUUAAAGUAAUAAUAGCAUCAUCAAUAAAGAAUAAAAUAUGUCACUAAUUGUUUGGAUGCGUGAUGUAUCAAGCGGGUCGGAUCACACCUUGAUCCGCUAUGCUGCGUAAUAGUAACGCCCGCGGAAGCCGAAGAGGGGCAAAAGAGCCGCAAGGGUAGAGAUCUCCUCUUUUAGAGCACGACAGGCUGCGUGAAAUCGAAUCGAAGAGCGGAGGAGGUUCCAUGGAGGGGUGGGAUUCGAGCACGAAGUCGGCGCUGACGCAGAUCCCUCUCCUCUCGACGAGGGCGGGACCUCGAGACGGCGCGGCCUGGACGCAGCGGCUGAAGGAGGAGUAUCGCGCACUGAUCGCCUAUACCACCAUGAACAAGUCCCGGGACAAUGACUGGUUCCGUAUCUCCGCCGCCAAUCCCGAGGGCACGCGUUGGACUGGCACCUGUUGGUACGUCCACAACCUCCGACGCUACGAGUUUCAACUGCAGUUCGACAUCCCCGUCACUUAUCCCGCCACCGCCCCAGAGCUGGAGCUACCGCAGCUCGACGGAAAGACCCACAAGAUGUACCGAGGUGGCAAGAUCUGCCUCACCGUCCACUUCAAGCCACUCUGGGCCAAGAACUGCCCUAGGUUUGGAAUUGCUCACGCCCUUUGCCUGGGCCUCGCGCCUUGGCUCGCUGCUGAGGUGCCAAUUCUUGUCGACUCUGGCGUAGUCAAACACAAAGAUGACGAGCCUUCCUCAUCGGAAUCCUGAUGGUUUGUCUCUCAUGGCCAUUAAAGCUAAGCGUUAGAGCAAGUAUAAAUUUCUUAAACUGAUUUAUAAGUUUGCUUAAUGUUACAGUAACAAUUGAAUUUCAAUAGCUGUGUUGUUCCA